CGUGUCAAAAGCUACACGGGCCCUGUUGUUCCGUGUAAAUCUACGUUCUCUGAUACGUAUACCAUACUACGUACUUGUUUAGACUGGUUUAGGCAAAGUGACAAUAUAUUGGAUAUACAUAAUUGGAUUCGUCGUUCCGUUUCUCAUUUUAAUGGAUCUACAAUUAUUGGUUUACAUAACAAAUAAUACGAUCUUUAGACUGAUUGCGAUCGUUCAUUCUCGUUCAUAUAUUAACGAGAUGAACUUUGAAUGUUUACAUUUCAGAUAAAAAUGUAUGUCGAAAAAUUAAUUGACCAUUGAGGAGUUUCAAAAAAAAUAGAAGCACAGUAUCCAAAAGAUGGCAAGGGGUCAAAAAUAUGGGAACGAAAGUAUCGACGUUCUGAGGAAAGGAUGUUUGGACCAUUACGAUUCAGUGGCUUGCAGUCGUAUUAGUGUCUUAGUUCUAAUUGGUGGAAUGACAUUAGUUUUUGUUCUACUGAAGAUCGUCAAAUAUCAUGCUUACAAGCAUUCCCGGAUGCACCAUUAUCUCAUCUUUUAUUUUUCUGCAACUCAAUGUAUAUUGUGCAUUUUCAAUUCUAUAUUUGGGACACGUCAUCCACAAUUGGAUUUUGCAACGUACUAUCUAAAGUUGUUACACUUCAUUGUAGUUUGUCAUUUUUUUUCUUCAUCGGCUGCUAAAAAUCGUCAUCGUGAUGAUAUUAUCCAACAUGUUGUUAAUCCAAUAUUGGGUCUUUAUACACUCUACCUGACGGCUGUUAUCCUCAUGGGAAUGGUCGACAUUACCAGCACGUGGACUCAAUGCUUUCGUCCUUACUGGUUAAUGCUUUCCGGCGCUGAUUUCACAGCCGUACAGCUUUUUGCUUCGGUUGCCCUAUAUCUCACAUACGAUAGCAAAAGAUCGGCCAUAUCAGCCCUUGUUUUACCGACGAUACGUUUCGAAACCCGAGAUAUUUGGCUCAUCGUUUUCGCCUUUGAAGUUUCGGCUUUUGUCUCGAUUUUCUUCGACGGCCUGAUGAUAUUCAUCGGCAAAGAAGAAACGGGUUGUAGUGGUAUUUACAAUCACGUUCAAAUUUAUUAUAGUCUAUUCAUAAUAAUAAUCACCGUACUCAAAUAUUUAUUGCCAACGUGGAUGUUGCUUGCUGUUUUUCAACCGAUUCGCGUCAAGUCUCGACCAUCCGAAGUUGGGUUGACCUCGCACUACAAUUUGGAUCGGUUUUGCGAGAAUCAAUACAGAAGAAUAUUAUUUUCCCCGAAUCUCGGUACAUCAACAUUAUCGAAUCAUCCCACGAUACCGUACUCGAACGACUCUCCGUUGUACGGUAGUUUCGGUGAUUUCUCGUACACCGACAGUUUGUCGGAUAUUUCGCCAACGAUAGCGAAUCGCUGGAGUCUCGAUGAGGAUUGCGACUUGGUAGAUAAACGAAGCGGUGGUUUCGAGCAAUCGAACGACGCGAACAACGGCAAAUUUACCGUUAGCCAGUACCAAUCAUAUCACGAGAAAACGAUCAAACUUCCUGACGAUAAAAAUAACAUUACCAAUGCUCAAACAAGCUGUGAUCUCUCGACUAUUAACGAAGAAAGCCACAGUGUGACUGGUAGCUCAUAAAUAUAAAGAGACACGAAAAAAUCUAAAAAACAAUUUCAAACGAGAAAAGUUGAAAAUAAACGUGCCUUGCUCAAUUGAAUCUAAGUCAAGACGAACCUAGUCGGUCAAACAACGAUGAGAAUUUUUUGUAUGAUUUAAAGUAUGAAAUAUUAUUCGGUGUUGAAACGCAUCACUGCAACUUUUUCAUUCGAUUUUCUCUCGAUAAUAAGAUUGUCUAUAAUAAAGAUGUAUACAACACUAAUGAAAAGGAAGAUAGUUGCAGAGUGAUAACGUGUUCGGCUCUCACGACCCGUGACGUGAAAUAAUGAAGAUCCAACGAUGAGGCUAGUACUCCGAUUAGUUAUAACGAAAAAGACAGGAACGGACUAAAACGUCGCUGGAGGUAUAAGACUUGUCGAUCACAACUAAUACUUCAAGUUCGUAAAAUGGAUUUAUUAGAUUCUCGAUAAGUUGGUUUUAACCUAGUAUAUGCAUCAUCUUUUAGCGUAAAUACUUUUAGGCAAAUUUUUUAUUACGCAACACAUUAUAAUCUGGCGUGGCGUUCAAGCAAUUUUUCAAUAUGAACAUGAAAAUAAUCGCCAUCGGUACGGCACUUUUUCAAGGUAUUUUUUAAAAGACAUGAGAAAGUAAAUAAACGGUAAAAUUUCA